AUGUUACCGCCAAUCAUCGGCAAUAUUAACAGCAACGACAUACUAACAUUGUACAAUUCCGAUAAUGGCGACGACAGAAACAUGGUGGCAACACGAACAGUUAACAGAGGUCGCUAUGCGGAAAUUGGCGUUAGAAGGAGUGAUGUCUUCUUGGAACCAUAUUUGCAACAGCACGAGACUGUUCAAGUGGUUUCACCGAGCACCCCACCGUCAAAUUCACUCCAACAUCAAGCGACGCAGUUACAUCAUGUACAGAGCGAAGAAUCUCUAUCAGAAGAAUCGGCUACUUCGGAAGUAUCUUCAAGAUCAAUGGAAGAUUCUGGCAGUGAAGUGGCUUGUGAUAUUUCCCUACUCGAAAGGCUCAUACGCUCUCACCCAAUCUGGUUUUUGCCGGAUAUCCAGAGAGCCGGGGCCUUUCAUUUAUUACAAGGCAAAGAGGAAGGAAAUUUUGUAGUGCGACAAUCGAGCCAUGGCAACACAAUGGCUCUCUCAGUGAGAUUACCUGUCGGAAAGGGACCUUACAUUGAGCAUUACCUGAUACAGGCCAACAAGGGCAAACUAAGUUUGGAAACGAGUGAGAACAGGUUUGAAAAUAUCCCCUCGCUGAUUGCUCACUACUCACAAUGUUGUGAUGAAUUACCAGUACAAUUGAGUUUACCGAGAGCAAUGCGAGAGGCAAAAAAUAGACAACAAUUGUCAUCGCUGGCAUUGCUGGGCCAAGAAUUUUGGCGAUAUCCAAUGGCGAAUCCGAAGCAACCAGAAAGUAGUAGCAGCAAUACGUCUAGUCUUGGUAGUUUUCAUGGGGAUAACAAUGGCCAUCAUAUUAACAAGAGUAAUAACGUGAAUACGCCGACCACGGAAAGUAUAGUGCUUAAUCUGGCUCCAAUAUUGUUUCACAAUAUGCAUACUCCUUCUCCGACGAAUACUGUCAAUGCGAUCACCUCGAAAUUUGUAUCAUCGUUGCCACGUCAGCCGCGUCCAACUCCGCCGAACACUCUCGAUCUGACCGUCUUCAAUGAGCCUUUGAAUAAUACUAAAAGGGAGCGAAUUUUAUCAUCGAAUGACAAACUAUCUCACAAAUUGAUCUCUCCAAAUCUUGUGCAAAGUGUGCGUUGUCCUUCGCCGGUGGUUUAUAAUGUGGAAAAUAAUAUUCUGAAUCCUAGACAGGAUACGAGGAAUUUUGACAAUUUAAAAAACACGCUGGAUACAUCAAAAUUGACAACGAUUGAAUUUACCACGAGUUCAAGGAAGCUAACAUCCAUUUCGACCUUUCAUCAAAAUAACCUAUCGUGCCUCACAUCACCAGAAUUAGCGGAUAGUAGGAAUAUCAUUACUGAGAAUCAAGGAGCUAGGCAAAAUAUGAAGACACCGCCACCGCCUCCACCAAGAUGGGCCAAGUCUAGCAUUAGUCAGAAUCAGAAUAAUUUUACUGUAACUACGACGGUGACAUUCAAUAUGAACCAGGGCAGUGAUUUGAACACUUCACAGCAAAACACACCGUCGGAUCCGAACACGUCACUACUGAGUCCUCAAUCUGAUAAAUCUCUCAAUUCCAAUUUUUCCAUUAAAUCACCUCUUUCGCCUAUUACUCCAGUUUUAUCUCCUACUUCGAAGCUGAUACCAAAAACACCCAAUGUGCUCUCUCCAAUUACUCCUUCUAGCACCAGCAAAUCAAAAAAACGACGAGAUCGCGAGAACCGGAAAAACUCUCAACACUAUCAGGAAUCGGACAUCUUGAACUCAUAUUACUGUAGUUCACCGGCCGAUAAGAUUUCUGAUUAUGAAGACAUCUGGAACACAACUGAUCAAUCAACACAGUCAACCUGGAAUGACAAAUUGAAAAAUAACAGGGUCGCCGGUAUUCCACAGAAUUGUGUGAAAAAUUCAAACGACCGUUUAAUGAGUCCCAAAGAAUCUGAAAGUCUUAUCAAUGAAAAAUUUUCAGUACAAGAACAAAUGGUUCUAAAAAAUGAUGGUUUUAUUUUAAAAAACGAUAAAAUGGGAUACAAAGAAAUGACGAAUUCAGAAUUUAGUAGUUUUAAACCUGUUCCGGAGAUGAAGAGUCCUGAACAGAACUCAUCAGAAGAGACUGAUAUAGGAAAACAACCUGAUCUGCUAUCUAGAGUUUGUAGUGCCAACUCAUUGAAUAGUCCUAGAAUGGUGUCACCCCCAAGAAAUAAAUUAGGUCUUGUUUUGGCAAAAUCGGAGAGCAACAGUCCUCAAACUCCCGAAUCUAAACAGAGCAGUCCUUUUUAUGCAGAACCAGCUGAUACCAUUGUUCAAAACGUCAUUAUAAUUCCAAGAAGACGACUAAUCAAAAAUAAUUUGACAAUGAACAAUUACCGGCAUAGCGAACCAAGUUGGUUACAAACUCCGACAGAGAAUGCUAAUCAAUUGCAUUCUAUUAAUUGCUGGGAGGAACCAUCCGAAGAGACAGAAGACAAGACGCCAUUAAUAUCGUCAUCAGUCGAUAACUUAGCGAAAAGAUUGGCUCAAACUAAGGAGACAAAAAAGAUUCCUCGGGCGAAGCCUAUCCAACCACCAAAGAUCAAGACCAAGGUGUUUAAUGACACUUCUUGGGCUGUCGAUUCUAGCUGGGAGUUUAUCGUACCACCACGAGUGCAAGCACUUUCAAAAAAUCGUGAUCAACUAAAUGCGACUGGGGCGUCUAUCAGAGUUUAUGCUCUUCAACUUGCAGCAGAUAAGACGACAACUUUCUCGCAAAAUAUUGACAACUUCAUUCAAUGCACGCGAGAGAGCAAGGAAGCGAUUCCGCAUAUAGUAAUGCGCAAUAUGCGCCAGUUCAUGUCGGGUAUGAAGAAUUAUCUUGUAAAACAUGGCGAACGCGAAUUCGAGAAAGAGGUGGAAAAAGAGCGACUGAAAUUACGACCGAAUGAAUUUUUGAAUCUUGAUGCAAUUCUCGAGGAUGUGAUGAUGGGUCUGGUGGUACGACCCCUUCGAGAACACGUAUGUCGACUGUUCAAUGAACAUUAUAUCGCCACUGGGGCAUUGCAAACUCUAGCAGAAAAUAUUCAGCAUGCCCAGGGAAAAACCAUUCAUGAUCUUGGUGUUCAGUCGAAGAUCGUACCUCCUUCUGAAGAAAAUCUGGAACGGAUUCUCAAAUGCGUCGAGCGAUUGCAGAAAGCCGAUUCUCCACUUGACAAACUAGAACAUUUAUUGGCAGCCAUCUCAGCUAUUUUCAACUCCGUAAAGGAAGCUAACUUGGGCAAGCAUAUUAGAUUGAGCGCCGACGAUCUUCUACCGUUGGUAAUUUGGGUUUUAAUACGUGGAAAAGUUGUGGACGCGGAGGUUGAAGCUGAGUACAUGUGGGGCUUGCUACAUGCUUCUCUUUUGAGUGGUGAAGGCGGCUAUUACCUGACAACAUUGUCAAGCGCAGUGCACGUUUUAAAGACCUUUAAAUCCAAUCAGAGCACCAUGUCUACAUUAAACGGAUGUGGAACGCCGGACUGUUCAUCUGUAUUGCGGAUCUUAGUACCAGAUGAAUUGCACGGUUCCUUAAAUACUAGAACACUCCCGGUGAGACCCAAUAUGAAUACUAGAGAAGUUUGCCGUAUUCUUGCGCAUAAGAUUAGAUGCACAAAUCCUCAGGAUUAUGGGCUUUUUAAGCUGGUACAAGGAGAAGAAACGUUGCUCGGAGAUCAUGAAUGCCCACAGGAGCUCUCUCACUGCCUUUUUGCCUAUAAGCGAAUUGAUGCAAAGAUAGCAUGGCCCAAGACCAGCUCUUAAGUAUAUUUUACUAAUUUAAAAUUACUUUCUAGACACCUCUGUCA